CUCCCCUGAGUGCCCCUUCUGAUAACGGCACGAGCGUUGUCAGAAGGGGUACUGCAAAGGGUGUAAACUGUUCUAUGCUUAUAACGCGCGUGCCGUUCGUUACUGGAAAGUACCGGGCUCGCAGCGUUAAAGAAAGAAACGCAUCAAGGCAGAUAACGAUUAUUGUUGUGUGGCAGAAGGGGCAAGCCAAAAGGUGUAACUUUGCCUAAGAGUGUAUUCCUUCUCGUUGACAAAGAUUACGCUGUUGAAGACUGGUGAUCCUUCGUUUCACGUGGAGCAAGGUACUUUCGAGUCAUUAGUGCGGUGUCCUUCAGCUGUCUAGCCCAUAGGGUGGUGCGAGCGGCAUGCGGUGAAGCUAAUUUACUGCAAUGAGUGCUCGUCCAAGAAUCUGUAAGACAAUACUAUGCCUUUGCACAGCCUCUCCACGCGUAAAAAAAAAUUCAAGUGGUCGAUUGGUUCCGGGGCCACUACGGCUCAAAGAUUCCUCUUGUGAAAAUGAAGCUAAAUGCCAACCAAAAACGCAAUUUGUAGUGAAAGCCACUUUAUUAUCCGAAUACGCUAUUCGUUUCAGAGGGGCGCUUGUGCUCGUAAUGUACAUAGGAGCUUAAUAUUUUACUGUUGACUUUGACUUCAAGCCUUUAUGGAUAACUGUACACUUCGAAAUCGAUGAAUGAGCAUUCCGACAAGGUUCUUAACAUGUCGGCAUGCAAUGACUCCAGUUGAUAUAGUUGAACCAAAUAUUGUUAUUACACCUAAUUUUUCGUCGUGGUGAAGUCAGUUAAAGCAUUGCUAAUAUCAUUUUGUAGUGACAAUAUUUCUUCACGUGAGGCUUCAGAAUGUGUUCCAACAAAAUAACUGCUUAUAUGCUACAAAGAGAAAGUAUUUGUCCACGAUGAGUGGCCUCGAACGAGAUCUGCGACCGUUGUGGGCCACUUCAUCAUUCAUAAUUUGUUUUCAUCAUUCCCGAGUUCAUUGCUUGUCUGAGUCAUUUAUUUUUAGUGUGACGACGCACAACCGCCGCCUUUCCGCGGGCGAGGCAGUCGGCGUGCCGCGUUCAAACCCUCCGAGGAGGCGGCCGCAGCUUAGUGCCCUCCCAAGGGUCCCACCCCGGAGGGGUGGAACCCGCCCUCGUCUUCUGGCGGAAACUUUUUUCGUGACAGUCCCGCGGCCGGGCGACGUUGAGACGGGAACCGCGGACCGUUCGUCAGCCAAGUGGCGCACGGAUACCAGACAUCUUCACUGCUUAGCAUGGUAAGCGACGGGCGCAACCCGGAGCCCCGACAUCCCAGCCCGGCCGAAGAGCAGCAGGGUCAGCCAUCGUCCACCGAGCAGCACGUUCUCGCGCCGUGCGGAGCCGCGGGCAGCGGUGCUCCAGGUCUGCGACGGUGCCUAGCCUGGGCGUGCCGAGCCUGCAAGCGGCGCACGCUGGCCGUCGAUCGACGCAGGGCGGCGACACUGCGGGAGCGGAGGCGUUUGCGCCGCGUCAACGAAGCCUUCGAGGCGCUCAAGAGGAGGACCUGCGCGAAUCCCGCGCAAAGGCUGCCGAAGGUCGAAAUUUUGCGCAACGCCAUCGAGUAUAUCGAAGGACUAGAGGAUCUCCUUGAGGCGGCUGACGGUGCGCGGAUGCCCAACAGGCUCUUCGGAACACCAAAGACCAAUUCAGCGAAACCACCGCAGUCAUGCGACGAAGACACGUCAAGCUGGAUGCCUUUACCUGAACGAGCGCAUCACAGUCCCCUGAGUAUCCAUGAUGAGGCUGAAAAACUAUUGAACGGAAACGUCAGGAGUCAUGCGACCUUCCCGGUGCCGUAUCAAGCUUGGAUCGACUGUCCCUGAUAGUGCAAAGUCUGAAUGGUUCUAGGAACAAGCUGCAAUCUGCCUAAAGAGAAGCUUCCUGCAGAGCGACGGAAAAAAUAUACGUGUACAAUACAAUGAGGCCGAACCGUAAAUAUUGCCAAGUGAAAUGAGCCGUCCUUAGUGGAAAUACCUGCUGCUUCAUAUUAUUUGCAUCUACGAUGGACCGACCUGUGCCUUACAUCAUUGCAGGGAGCUUUGUCUGCUCCCUGUGGCAUGCUAGCUAUUACUGUUAAGUCUGACAGUUCACGCAAUAGAUAUUUUGCGAAAGUCAUUCUAGAUAAGAAAGGUUUUAUGUCAUACCUAGACCUCAUCUGGAGUAAACAACAAAUUGUAAGGUAAUGAAUUGGCUGACAUGUUUUGCUAGCGAGGAAUGAACUAGUCUUUCCGAUGACAAGAAAUCAAACUGCGUUAUUCAUUGUUUGCUUAGACCACCGUAAGUAAUGCAAAUAACAGCAGUGUUCAUCUAGUGAAGUCUCUGCCCACUUCUUAUCGAACAGCUUACACAAUCUCUUAUUUGCUGACAAUGCAGCGAGUGAACAUAAAUUAGAUUUUGUUCACUCUGCUAUAUCGACUAUGUACUUGUACGAUCUUAAUCGUUAUUAAAAUCUGGCAUCUGCAUUCAUUCGGAGCUCUCUAUAUUCUUCCC